AUGCAAAUCUAUGUAUAGAUGCCAAAUGGAAAAACUAUAUUAAUAGAUGUAUAGUUAGAGAAAACCACAGUGUCAGAUGUUAAAAAGAAGGUCAUGGAGAAAUCAGGAAUAAGAUUGGAGGAUCUGGUUUUGGUUUUCAAAGAUGAGAUAUUGAAAAACGAAAAGUCAUUAAAGGAAUAUGGAAUAGACAAAGAAGCAAGAGUUAAUGCAGAGACAGCCGAAACUCUAUAAUAAAUAUAUAUUUAGAAAUUGGGUAUCAUUAUAUAUAUUUAAUUAGCAUCAUUGGAAAGCGAUGUACAAAGAUGGUAAUAGAAAUUUAGCGAUGAAGGUGCUUAAAGGGAGGAAUUGUAAGAAAAGUUAAUGAAGACGUUGACAGAAUUAGAUUAGUAAGAAUAUUUAUUAAUAGUGAAUAGGAUUAAAUAAGAGAAGACAACAUUGUCAUUAGAAUAUAAUUCAGUAAGGAAUCAACUUGAAUAAUUAUAGAAGAAAAAUGCUCAAAAUGCAGAUAUGCAAUCUUCUUAAUUGAAACAAUAAUAGUCAUAGUCAAAAGGAAUUGAUGCGAAAAAUUUAGAAUUAGAGUUAGCAACAUAAAAAGCAAUUAUUAGUAGAUUCGAUAUGGAGAAAACAGAGAUGAACUCUUAGAUCGCAUAUUUCAAAUAAGAAAAGCAAGAAUUACAAAAGAAAUUGGAGGAUUAUCAAAAGUUGAAAGAAGAUUUAAUAGUUAAGACUUUUGAAAUAAAAGGAUUAUAAAAAGAUUUGGAUUUCGCAUAGAGUCGUGGAAGUCAAACAAAAGAUGAAAUAAAUAGAGAAUUAGAUUUUUCAAAGCAAUAAAUAAAGUAUAUAAGAAAUAAUAAAUUAGAAAACUGGAACAACAAUUAGAAGAUGUAAAAACAAAGAAUUAAGAAUUGGAAGUAGAAAAGGUGAGGUAAGAAUUGAAAAAUAAUAUUGAUUCUUAAUAAGUAGAAAGAAUGAAUGAAUUACAAUAACAAAAUACUCAAUUAGAGAAGAGAAUAUCAGAAUAUAAAGCAUAGGUGUCUAGUUUAAAUGAUUAAGUGAAGUAGUUAUAAAAUAGAAGUUAAGAAGAAAUGAGAAAUUCUAUUAAGGGAGAUGAUUUAGUUAAUGCUGAAAGGAUUCAAGUAAUUAAUAUAAUGAUAGAAAUAAUAGGGUUAUGAAAUAUAGAUUAGUAGAUUGAAUUCAGAAUUAAAAUCUGCUUCAUAAUCUUUUAAUGAUAGUUAAAUAUAACUAUCAUAAGCAAAGAAAUAAUGUUUUGAUAGUGAUAAGAAGAUAAUGGAAUUAGAAAAGAGUGUAGAGAGUCUUUCAUAUCUAUUAAAGGAGAAAGAUAGAGGAAUAAAAGAAAGAGAAUAGACUAUAAAAUAAUUACAAAUAGAACUGGAAGAAGCUAAAAAAGAUUUGAUAAUUUAUUAAAAGAAUCUUAGAGAUUAUAAAGAUAUUGCAUAAUAAGCAGAUCCUAAAAAGGUUUUAGAGAUAGAUAGUGAGGCUUUGAAAGUAGAGGAGAAAUUAAGAGCAAGGGAAGAAUAAAGAAAUAAGGAAUAGAAACGAUAAGAGUUACAAAGAUAACAGGAAUUGGUAGAUAGAAAAGAGAAAUUAAAAUUAGAAUAAUAAUAAUACUUUGAUUUAAUGUAAAAGGGAAAAGAAUAAAGAUAAAAAACAGCAUAAUGUAAUUAAAGUUAUUAUCAUUAGUUUUGAAAAAAUAAAUGUUAGAGAGUCAUGGAAAGAUUGAAGUUUGUUUUUUAAUAGAUGUUACUGGGUCUAUGGAUCCUUAUAAAGAGUAGGCAAUGAAAUGCAUAAAAGAAAGUAUGAAGAACAUUAAGAUCAAAACAAAUAGAGAUGCUUUAUGGGCCACUAUUGCCUAUCAAGAUUUUGGAGAGUUAAAAUAAUUAGGAGGUUUAUAUAAGUAGUUCAAUUUUACACCAAAUCCAAAAGAAAUAGAAGACUAUUUGUCUGAAAUUCCUUGUACUGGAGGUGGAGAUGCAGCAGAAGACAUUAGAGGAGGAAUUAUGUAAAUGAUUAAGAAUCUACACUGGAGUAAGACAUUUAAAAUUGCUGUUUUGAUUUGUGAUGCACCUACUCAUGGUAAAAGAUACAAUGGUGGAGUAAGUGAUAGAUAUCCAAAUGAAGAUAUUGAAGAUGCAAUUAAUUUACUCAUAGAUAAUAAUAUUUUGUUAGUUGCUAUUCUAUUUAAUAAGGUAACACUACAAAUGUUUGAAGAAAUAAAGAAAAUGUAUUAGAGUGCAGAUAAAGAAGAAUUAUUGUUAUUUGCAGAUUUAGAACAUACUGAAUAAGGUAGAAUUUGGCAAGAACUUGUUGAUUUAGUUUCUUAAGCAUCUUAAAGAGCUACACAAACAAAUAAUAAAGGAACAAGAUCAAAAAAUAAUUAGGCUAAUAAAAGAUCAUAAUCUGGUGCUAUGGAAGCUCUUUGUAAAUAAAUUAAGGAUCCGUUUUAAUUUGAUAAAUUACCAGGAGUUACAACAAUACCUGUUAAAUUUGGUGUUUUUAGAGUAGAAUUGAAAUAAGAUUCAUUUGAGGCUAAUAUUGAGAAUCUUAAAAGACUUGACAUAAAUAGAGAUUAUACUAUAUAUUAAGAAGGAUAAUGGGAUUGUAUUAGAACAGAGAAAUAUUUUGCAUAAGGUUAAAUGAAAUAAGUGUAUUUAAUGAAAAGAUAGAACAACUAAAAUGAAUUAUAUGUAAUAAAAAUGCCUAUUGGAGAUUUAACUUAUAGCAGUUAAGAAUCAGCGGUUGUUGAAUGUAGAUCACAUUUAAUAUCAAAAUGUUUAAUGAAGAAAUUUAUUAGAGAUUUAUAAGAAGCAAGAGAUAGAAUUGAUAGAUCAAUAAAGAUUCCUGAAGUAUAAUAUUCAGAUUUUCUGAUUUUGAAGGAUAUGGAUAGAGGAAGUAAAUAAUUUGAAUAAUAUUUUAGAUUCAUUUUGGAUUGCAGAAAGAUAUUUUACAGGUGAAUUUGUAAAGUAUAAUAAUAAUUAUGGUUUUAUUUCUGAUGAUAAUUCAGAUAUUAAUCAUUUAGCAUAAGCAUACACCUAUUAUACUUAUUUCAUUUCUAAUUUUACCUACAUGGUUAAUGAUGUUCAAGGAGUAGGAAAUUAUUUCACUGAUCCUGCUUUAAAUACCAAAGACAGUAAUAAUCAAUUUAUAUUAUAGGUAAUUUUGAUGAAACUGAUAUGGGAAUUGAUGGAUAAUCUAUGUAUAUGGUUAAUUAUGAAGGAAAAAAACAUAUGGGAAGAAAAUACUUAGAUUUGCUAGCCAUACCUGCACCAUGAGUUAUUAAAUAAAC